UUUCCUCGAGCCUACCACCGUCAAUGACAUCGUGAAGCCGCCCAGACUGCCAGUAAAUCGUUGGACUGCUCCUAGUCGUGCCAAAUCAUCUGCUCGUCAGUAAAAGCCAGUUGCUGCCGUAAGUAAAACUCUGAUUUCUUUCUUCUGGUCGCCUCCUGCAGCGUGACGACGUCACAAAUCGCGGGGCUCUUUCCAUCUGCCAAAUUCAAAUCUCACCACCAAAAUCGUUGUUGUUGCAGAGGCAGGGCUGAACAAUCGCACGUAUUUUGCCGGUCAAACCUGUUGAUUUCGAACGGACCGUAUUUUUUGCAUCAUCGCUCAUACAUCUCCCAGAUCUCUGCUAACACAGCCGCUCAGACACAUACCUCACCACCCACUAUGGACAGCGACACCAACAUGGUUGAGGUGCCGGCCUCCCGCCUGCUUGACCCCCAGAUCUUUGAGCACCUGAAGAACAAGAUCGAAGAGGACCAGGAAGUCAGGGAUCAAAUGAGUCAGACUGUCCAGAAGCUCGACCGGGCCAUCUCCUACGUCCAGGGUCUGCUCUCGCGCAUCCACGCCACCCCGCGUCAACAGUACGGCCCCUUUUUGGCCGACGUUCAGGCGGGCAUUCAGAAAGAGAUUGAGGUCAUUGGAGAGCUCCAAGAAAUCGCCUCCAAGCACCCAUACUACAAAUACAACCAGAAGUGGAACCGCCAAGUACAGAACGCCAUCUUCACCGUCCUUCUUGCUGGGUGGCUGGGCGGCCUCACAUCAGAUGGCAAGCCCGGCCCCAUCGCUCGUCUCCUAACUCUCGAGGAAGUGGGCGAGAUCUUCAAAGUCCCUGUUAACCUCAAGGACCGCGAUGCAUUCCACCUCACCAUCGAGGAGUAUCUCCUGGCCCUCACCGACCUGACUUCGGAGCUCUCCCGUCUCGCCACCAACGCCGUCACCCUCGCCGACUUUUCCAUGCCCGUUGAAAUCAGCAGUUUCGUCAAGGAUCUGUUUGCCGGGUUCCAGCUGCUCAACCUCAAGAAUGACAUUCUCCGCAAGCGUGUCGACGCGGUCAAGUAUGAUGUCAAGCGUGUCGAGGAUGUCGUGUAUGACCUUUCGCUCCGCAACCUGAUUCCGCAAAAGAAGGAGGCUGCCGCUGUCGAGCCGAAGGCAUAGGAAUGUGGCAUAUCUUACGUAGCCGAAGCAAAAGUUGGCGGGAUUCGCACUCGCACCUCUGAGCCGAG